AUGGCAUCGUCAGCAGAGGAAAGUCCGAUUAUAAACUCGGAUAUAGAAAAUGAUGUUACGAGUAGCCGUCGGAACUUGGUGGAGGCGGAACCAGUGGAAGAAACUACAGGAUGGAUCAAGUGUCGAACUGUGCUUGGCAUUAUGGGAUUCCUGGGUUUUGCCAGUGUGUAUGCCAUGAGAGUGAAUCUCUCAGUGGCUAUAGUGGCUAUGGUUAACUCUACAACACCUACACCAUCCAACUCAUCAGAUGUUGAUGUUUGUCCAGCCGGUCCAAGCAGCAAUAGUUCUGUACCACAGAGGCCUGGAGAUUUCAACUGGACUGUACAACAACAAAGUAUUGUUUUAGGCUCAUUUUUCUAUGGAUAUGUACUUACCCAGAUCCCAGGAGGAAGGAUAGCGGAAAUGUAUGGAGGCAAACUAGUGUAUGGUCUAGGGAUAUUUUUCACCGCAGUAUUUACAAUUUUAAGUCCAAUCGCUGCAUAUACAGAUAUUUCGUUCUUCAUUGCUGUCCGUGCUCUGGCUGGUUUAGCCGAAGGUGUUACUUACCCAGCGAUGCAUGCUAUGCUAGCAAGAUGGAUUCCUCCAUUAGAAAGAUCUAAGUUUGCAGCUUAUGUAUAUGCUGGUUCAAACAUAGGCACAGUGAUUACAUUACCUAUAUCAGGAUGGCUGUGCACCCUAGAGUUUGCCGGUGGAUGGCCACUCUGUUUCUACAUUUUUGGCGGUAUUGGCGUCGUAUGGUUUAUUUUCUGGCUGUUACUUGUCUAUGACACACCACAGAAACAUCCCAGAAUUUGUCCAAAGGAGAUUGAGUAUAUUGUUACUACUAUCGGACCUCAGCAAGAAGAUAAACCUUCGUCAUCAAUACCUUGGCUGAAGUUCCUGACCUGCGUCCCUCUGUGGGCCAUUCUCAUAGCGCAGUGUGGCCAGGCUUGGGUGUUCUACACCCAGUUCACGGAACUACCCUCUUAUAUGAACAAUAUACUACACUUUGAUAUUGUAGCUAAUUCAAGACUGAGUGCCCUGCCAUACCUGACUGCGUGGCUGGGCGGCAUAUUGCUGUGUAUAUUCGCUGACUGGACGCUCGCCAAGGGAUGGAUAUCCAGACUUAACAGUAUGAAACUCUGGAACACUGUCUCGGCAUUUAUCCCAGCGUUUGGUCUGCUUGGUAUCGCGUGGGCUGGCUGCGACAGGAUCGCUGUCAUACUCCUGCUGUGCAUCACAUCGGCCUUUGGAGGUGCUGCGUAUGCCGGUAAUCAAAUGAACCACAUCGACCUGUCGCCGCAGUUCGCGGGCACUAUGUACGGUAUAACGAACGCUGCGAGCAACAUCUGCGGGUUCAUGGCGCCUUACGUAGUCGGACAUAUUAUUAAGGCAGAACAGCAAACGCUGGGACAAUGGCGCGAGGUGUUCUACUUGGCAGCAGCAAUUGAUCUAGGCACUAAUCUGUUCUACUUAUUCUUCGCGAGCACUGAGGAACAGGAUUGGUCGCGUUCGGAACACGAUGACUUGACGGCCCCGGCGCCUGUUGAAAGCAUUCUCUUCCCCGAAUCAUAG